CCACCCCCUUGCAUCCGUCCCUGCCCGAGCCGGCCGAGUUCAUAUAAGACGCAGCACCCAUGGCCGAUCCAUUCCCCAGCCCCCUCCCUCUCCUACCCAAAGCUCCACUGGGUUCCGAGUUCCGACUCCAUGCGGCUCUGAAAUCACCCAUACACACUGCACCACCGCUGCGCCCCGGAGCUGCCGCCGUGCUGUGGCUCGGCGUCACCACCACCACGCCGCCUCUCGCGUGCGUCCGCGGCCGCCGCCGCGGUCCCCGUUCUACCUCAUGGCGUCGCGGCUGCCUCCACUCCGACGGCGGUCAUGUACACUGGUUUUUGAGAUAGAGAGGACGAGCUGCCAGGCAGCCGUGCCUUGUGGGCAGGAGGUGUUGGACACCCAUGGAGAGCUCAGACCGAGAGGAUUCUGGCCACGGGGAGCACCGUCGGCGGUGAUUCGUCCAUAGCAAUAAUAUGGUGUUAUCCUGAUUGAGCUUUUCUUCUAGCCAUCACCCCCUCCUCCGUUUUCUUUUCUUGUCACGUUCACUUUGUCCGGGUCUUCUUGACCUUGCAAGACCUUUUCUUGACCUUGUAAGACCCAACAAGGCCACAUUUUCUUCCACGUUCUUCAUCUUCUUAUUCCACCUUCUCUUUCUCGCCAUGUUCCUUUCCACCUCUCUGUCUUUCCUCUUUCUUCCAUCUAUCCCUCCUGAGCUACACCUUUUUAAAAGUUGCAUUUCUUAUAUCCAAAUUAUUAAAAAUAAGUUGAUACAUGGAGUGACAAGUGAGGAGAUUCUACUUCCUUUGUCAUACAUUGUAUUUUUUUAAGUUGUAAAGAGUACAGUUAAUGAGAUACGAAAUCAGGGUAGUUGCUGCUAAUGCUCAUGGAAUGCAUGUGGAGUAGGAGCCUACGUGUAACCGAGUAUGCUUAUGUAUGCCCACUUUGUAAUAAGUUUGCUAUUCGUGCUUGAAUACAAACAUUUUGAUGCUA